AUGAGUCUUGCAGACGAGCUUCUUGCAGAUCUCGACGGGCUGUCCGAUGAGGAGGAGCCUUCCUUCCAAGACUCCGAGGCCUCUGGCAGCAAUGCCAACGGGAAGCGCAAGGCAGAUGCAAUGUCGGACGAUGAGGAGGGCGACGAUGUGAAUGAUGAAGAGGCCGAAGGAAAGGGCGGACUUGUUCUUGAAGGAGGUAUUAAACCAGCGGACGAGCUCGACGCCGAAGAUGUCCAAAAAAUGGAGCUGGGUGGAGUAGAGAAUGUGCGAAAGGUGGCUAAGCUAGAGGGAAGCAAAAGGAUGACAGACAUCAUCAAGGAAAUUGCCAAGUUCACAGAGAACCCUUCAACUCCCGAACAAAUGGCCCUUCCUGCACACGAAAAUCCUGAAUACGCACUUAUCGUCUCCGCAAACAACUUGAGUGUUGAUGUAGAUAACGAAAUAUUGGUCGUUCACAAGUUUAUUCGUGAUCACUACAAUCCCAGGUUUCCCGAACUCGAACAGCUCGUUACCGAUCCCAACAUGUUCAUUCGUACUGUUCGCGCUAUUGGGAACCCACCCGAUCUUGUCACUGCUGCCCAGUCCAUCUCCGAUGUAGUCCCACCUGCUAUUCGCAUGACAAUCGCAGUGACAGCGACGACCACCCGCGGAGAAGAGCUAAGCCCUGCUUCCUGGCAGUCUGUACAAGACGCCUGUGCGCUCGCCGACCGGCUGGAGGAGGCGCGUAAAACCAUCUUUAACUACGUCCGAAGUCGUAUGAGCAUCUUGGCCCCCAACUUGAGCAAGAUUGUAGGGACAACAACUGCUGCCAAGCUACUCGGAGUAGCAGGUGGUUUGGGCGGGUUGGCAAAAAUGCCUGCGUGCAACGUUCACCUUCUCGGAGCGCAGAAAAAGAUCACGGCUGGGUUCUCUACUGCAACUCAGAACCGGCAUACUGGGUUUGUAUUCCAGUCUGAGUUGGUCCAGCAGACUCCGGCAGAAUACAGGAUGAAGGCUCAACGCACUGUGGGUGCCAAAUGCGUGUUGGCCGCGCGGAUGGAUAUGGAACGAACUCGACGAGAUGGCUCUUACGGCGAGGACUUGCGAGCAAAGAUCGAGAAACACCUCGAAAGACUUGCUGAACCUCCGCCACAAAAGGUGGUCAAAGCACUACCUAUCCCAGAUGAUGGGCCUAAAAAGCGGCGUGGGGGGAAACGAGCGCGAAAGGCCAAAGAAGCCUAUGCAAUGACAGAGCUUCGCAAACUACAAAAUCGCAUGGAAUUUGGCAAGGCCGAAGAAGAGGUCGGUGCUUUCGACGAAACAAAGGGUCUUGGUAUGAUGGGCAACUCGUUCGGGAAAGUACGUGCGGGUGCUGCGGAUGCGAAGAGCAAAGCGAAAAUGUCCAAGGCGAACAAAUUACGUACCCAAGCAAUUACGAGGGCUGCUCAAUCAGCAAACACUUCUGGUACUGCCACCUCGUUGUCUUUUACUCCCGCUCAAGGUUUGGAACUUGUGAAUCCUUCGUUAGCAGCUGCACGGGUCAAAGCAGCAAACGAGAGGUGGUUUGCUGCCAAUACUGGAACGUUCUCCUUCAUUGGUACGAAGGGUUCGGCCAGUGGAAGUGGCACUAGCAAAUAG